AUGGCCGGCAGCCAGCGCUAUCUCCGCUACAUUGUCUUCGCCGUCAUCGCCCUGUUCCUUCUCUACUUCAUCGGCUCCUCAUCGUCCGUCCCUGCCGCAAGCUGGCCAGCCUACCAAGAUGCAAAAACCCCAGCCACACCGCCCCAGGGCAAUGCUGCCGUUGUAGACGACGACGAAUCCCCUCGCGCUUCCACCCCCAGCACCGGCGCCAACACCAACCCCGGCACUUCGCUCAAUGACAAAACACUUCCCCCCGCCACCAUUGCCGGUGACCGCAUGAACGCAACCUUUGUCACCCUCGCCCGCAACCAGGAUGUCUGGGAGAUUGCAAAGUCGAUCCGCCACGUCGAGGACCGCUUCAACCGCAAGUUCAACUACGACUGGGUCUUCCUCAACGAUGACGACUUCAGCGACGAGUUCAAGAAGGUGACGACAGCACUCGUAUCCGGCAAGACAAAGUACGGCAAGAUCCCCACGGAGCACUGGUCCUUCCCUGAGUGGAUUGACCAGGACAAGGCCGCAAAGGUCCGCCAGGAGAUGAAGGAGAAGAAGAUCAUUUAUGGAGACUCCAUCAGCUACAGACACAUGUGCCGUUACGAAUCGGGCUUCUUUUUCCGCCACCCAUUGAUGCUCGACUACGAAUGGUACUGGCGCGUCGAGCCCAGCAUCGAGCUGUACUGCGACAUCAACUACGAUACCUUCAAGUACAUGGCUGAGCACAAGAAGAAGUACAGCUUCACCCUCAGUUUGUACGAGUACGUCGAGACCAUCCCCACACUCUGGGACGCCACCAAGAACUUCACGAAGCACUUCCCCCAGCACAUCGCCAAGGACAACUCGAUGAAGUUCCUCAGUGACGACGGUGGCGAGACCUACAACCACUGCCAUUUCUGGUCCAACUUCGAAAUUGGCAACCUUAACUGGCUCCGGUCCGACGCAUACAUUGACUUCUUCACCUCUCUCGACCAAGCUGGUGGUUUCUUCUACGAGCGCUGGGGCGAUGCGCCUGUCCACUCCAUCGCCGCCGGUCUGCUCCUGCAAAAGGAUGAGCUUCAUUUCUUCAAUGACAUUGCUUACUACCACGUCCCCUUUACGCACUGCCCUACAGGCGAGAAAUACCGCCUUGACCAUAAGUGCUCAUGCAACCCCAAGGACAACUUUGACUGGAAGGGUUACAGCUGUACUUCUCGCUUCUACGAGUUGAAUGGCCUGGAAAAGCCAGCAGGGUACGAAAAAGAGCAGGAUUAG